AUCGCGUGUGGUACUCACUACACAAUGGAGCUCCGCAUCUUCUUCGCCUCCCAAUCUCGUGCCGGAGAUGUGUUGUAUAAGCAUAAUCAGAUAACCACACCGAAGAAACAAUUUUUCAUGUGUGGGUUUCGUAAGAAGAAAAUCGGUACCGUAUGCUGUUCGAACAAUCCAGACAACAAUGGAUUUUCACUGUCGGAAUCUGAAUUACUCAGUAGCAAAGUGGUAUAUUCAGUUGCACCUGCCAUGGGCCAUAACAAGGAGUCCCACCCGGAAUGUAAUGCCAGAGUUCCCGCCAUUACUGGUGCGCUUGAAAAGAUGAGGUUGACUUCAGAGUUCCGGAGCUUGGAGGUUGUCGAACUUCAAAAAUUCAGAUCUGCUAAAAUUGAUGAUAUAGCUAGUGUUCAUGAAAGAGUCUACGUAUCAGGACUUGAGAAGGCCAUGGACCAGGCUUCGGAACAGGGACUUAUUUUCCUUGAUGGUUCUGGACCAACUUAUGCUACUUCGACGACAUUCAAAGAGUCUUUAUUGGCAGCUGGGGCCGGAAUUUCGUUGGUGGACACAGUGGUUGCAGCAUCGAAAGUGAGGAAAGAUCCUCCAGUUGGUUUUGCUUUGAUACGGCCGCCAGGUCAUCAUGCCGUGCCAGCUGGACCAAUGGGGUUCUGUGUGUUCGGAAAUGUGGCUAUUGCUGCUCGCUAUGCUCAACGUGCACAUGGGUUGAAGCGCGUGUUUAUCAUUGAUUUCGACGUGCACCAUGGGAAUGGAACCAAUGAUGCCUUCUAUGAUGACCCCGAUAUCUUUUUCCUUUCUACUCACCAGGAUGGGAGCUAUCCAGGUACUGGUAAAAUAAAUCAAAUAGGCAGUGGAAAUGGUGAAGGAUCGACGCUGAAUCUGCCAUUACCGGGAGGAUCGGGUGAUAGAGCUAUGCGAAGUGUCUUUGAUGAAGUUAUUGUACCAAGUGCUCAGAGAUUCAAGCCUGAUAUAAUUCUCGUUUCUGCCGGAUACGACGCUCAUGUGUUGGAUCCACUAGCGAAUCUGCAAUUCACGACAGGGACGUACUACAUGCUGGCUUCGAACAUUCAACAACUAGCAACAGAAUUAUGCGGCGGUCGGUGCGUAUUUUUCCUGGAAGGAGGUUACAACCUCACUUCUCUCUCAAAUUCCGUAGCAGACUCGUUUCGUGCGUUUCUCGGGGAACCUAGCAUGGCCGCAGAGUUCGAUAACCCUGCCUUCUUGUAUGAAGAACCAUCCAAAAAGGUAAAAGAAGCCAUUCUCAAAGUCAAGCAUAUUCACUCUCUCUAAACUAUUUGCUACCUAGCUUUGUCCCUGAUUUUUGAUGGGACUCGCUAAGUGCCAAUUAUUUGAUAAAUAAUGUAAAGUUCAAAUUAUUUAUCCAUUGAUCAA